CGAGCUAGACAGUGAGCGGAGCUGCAGCCUGCCAGCCCCCACCUUGUGCAGCACAUCACACUCCUCGAUCUCUCCGUCCGUCGCACUCUCCUCCUCCACCAAACAUGGCCGGCAAGGACAUCGCCGCCAUGGCCACCACCCGGCCCAAGAGCGUGGCGCGGCGGCUGUGGCGCGUGGUGCGUGCCGUGCUCUUCAUGCUGCGCCGCGGCGUGCUGCCGACCGGCCGCAAGCUUGCCAUGGACCUCAGCCUCCUCCUUCGCCGCGGCAAGAUCGCCGGCAAGGCCCUCGGCGGCCUUGUCAGCUUCCACCACCCUCGCGCAGCCGCCGCGAGGUCGAGUUCAGCUGCAGCAACACCCCGUUCCGACGAGGACGCCUGGUACUACGGCAACUACGACGCCGCCGACGUCGCCAAGGUCUUCGAGAUGCUUAACGACGGCGGCCACCUCUUCGACGACGACGCGCUCUUGGCGGUGGCGCCGGCCACCGCCACGCCGUCUCCCGCGCCGCGGUACUCGUCCAGGAAGCUGCGCGUCACCGACUCGCCGUUCGCGACGAGCGACAGCGACUCAGCGAGCGAGCAGCAGCAGGUGGACAGGAAGGCUGACGAGUUCAUCAGGAGGUUCUACGACCAGCUGCGCGCGCAGAGGAGCCGCGCCGCCACACCGGACAGCUACGGCUACGCCGCCGGCUCGUACGCCGGAUACUCUCCACGGCCGGUCGCCGCUGGCAUCGCUUAAUCCAGAUCCUUGGCUUAGAGGAGGGAGAGCGAGGCGGCCAGCGGUCGCCCGGCCGGCAGGAGGGUCUAGGCAUGCCGCAUGCAUGAGUCUCUACGUUCACCAGUACAUGUCGAUGUUUAAUUAAGAGAGAGAUUUUGCUGCCUUCCCCGUAGAGUUUUCAAGCAUCUUGCUUAAACAAUACAAGCUGUCGUUGAUUCUUGACCCGCUUCCAUGAAUCCUUCCAUGUUUAGAUUUGGAUUUUGUAAACUUUAAGACUGUAAUUCAAGAAA